AGAUUAAAACUUUAUAUAUCUUUGUUGCAGCAAUUCUGCUAUAAAUUCCAAAUAGCUUCUCGCUGACGCCAACCUUCAAACAUAUAUUGAUAAAGCUAGAUCGAUUAGCCCCGACGACAACGUAACCAGAAGAAUGGGAACGGGUACUUUGUUUGCUUCCCCUCGAGUAACAGAAUGAAAAUUAUUUGCCGGAUGAUGCAGCUUCUUCCUUUCGGAAGUCCUUCUUCUCAAACAACACUUCUGGUUUCUCGCGAUAGUCACACAACCGAAUUCGAAGUUACAUCAAAUUCUACGAAGCUGGUUCAGCAGGAAAUGGCUUUCCAAAUCUUCUCACUGAACGACAAUGGUGUUGUCGCUAUGCAACAAGGAAAUUAUGCUGAAGGGGGAAGAUUUUUCCUUCAAGGUUUGGAUAGUAUACGCCAAAUCCUCGAAACGAAGGCUCCAGCUGUUAGUGACUCAGAAAGAGCUACCGCUUUCUGUAGCUUCGCAGCGAGCUUGACAUCUAAAGCUAUCGGCUCCGAAGCAUGUUGUGCAGUGGGGCCCAAGCCACACCACACAGCAUUAGAAAAUAGGACAUCAUGGCAACUUGAACAGCAGCACGAAGAUGCCUUUGAUUUUUUUGCAAGGGUCUUUUUGGUAUCUGCUUCGGACUUAGGUCAAAGUUCGUUCGAUGCUAUUUUGGGAGCAGUGUGUGUUUUGCUCUUGUUUAACGCGGGAGUUGCCUUCCAUGCAGAUGGAGUUCAGACCGGUAGGUCAAAGAUGCUUCUCAAAGCAUACAAAUUUUAUGAAAAGGCGGUAAGCAUUGUGCAACAAGAACAUCCCUCACCCUGGGAGGCAGGAAAACUCCCGCUCGUCUACCUUUCAGUACUGGCAAACAUGGCCCAUAUACAGUCAGAGCUUUUCGAAAGUGAUGCUCUUCAUCAGACACAACUACUUCUUGAGAAAGUUCUAAACUGUGUUGUUCAUCGCUUCUCGGCGGCCUUGGAAGCGCACGAACUCCGCUUUUUUCUGAUCAAGUUAAUGCUGCUCAACUGCCAGACAUCAAUUCAAGCGGCAGCUGCGUGAAGGAAGCCUUGAAUGGAUUUCUCCUUUCCCAAGAAAUAAAAGCAAUGUAGAGAUAAA